UGUCAAGCUAUACGCACGCAUACUACAGUUCUGUCUCUAUGUAGGGUUUGUUUGGACAACGAAUGAAUCAGAAAUUCCACAGAGACAGGAACACACUCUCAAAGUACGGUGACUACACUAUUCCGCCUUUCAAGUUGGACUUAAACGACACGCUGACAGGAAAGUGGUUUGACAAGGGUUUAUUUUUGUUUCGAGAAGGAGAAAAGGGCUGAACAGGUUUUCCGGUUGCAACGUUGCAGGCAUGCUAAUAGGCUAGCAUCGGAGUUCUAAAACCGGCUUCAUUAGCUUAGCUUGCUAAUUUAGCAGGCUAAAGCUUCGGGGCAUUCAAGGAAAUGCGUCGAGAGCUCGUCUGGAAGUCUUUGGUUUUGUAUGAAAAUGUAAUUUUAACACUGUCCAGUAUGACAUAUUGCGAUAGCGGUUGCCAAGUUAAAGUGAGAGCUUCGUUGGUGUGAAGUGGCAGACUGGGGGGGUAGUGUGGUUGCUCAGGUAGUUAUGAGCAGUUUUAACAUUACAACCAAAACAUCCACAUUCAGCUCCGACGGUAAGGGCUCGCCGGGCAGCGUCGACCCAACCAACAACAACAAGGAGUGGGAUCUUGGGAGCGAUGUGUUUUCCUACUGUCAUGCGAUGAGUCCCAUGGACGACACGAUGCAGGCGGGGAUGUCCUCUGUGCAGUCGGGACUGGACGGACACCUGCCGCUACUACACGCCAGACACCACGGCUCCCAGGACCGGUUGUUGUUGGACCUGAGCUCCCCGACAGUCUUCCUCGACAGCAGCCCUCUGGAGUACAGCGACAACGAUGGGAGCAACGCGGGUCCGUUGUUCGAGAGGAGGAAGAGGUCGCGCUCCAACAGCUCCAGACACCGCUUCAACGAGGUGGUCACGGAGCUGGGUCCCGAGGAGGUGCGCUGGUUUUACAAGGAGGACAGGAAAACUUGGAAGCCCUUUGUCGGGCAUGACUCCCUUAAUAUUGAGCUAAGGUAUCGGAAGUACUGUGAGCGGAACCCUGCUGCUCCUUGCUCCCAGGGCAGCGGUGGGAAGGAAGAGUGCGGUAAUAACGGUGUGGAGAGCAGGGGACUGAACGGUGCAGUGCCGGUGGAGACGACAAACAGCAGUGUGCACGGAGGCCGGGGGUCCCUGGACACAUCCACCGUGUCCUCUGAGGAGAGGGACCCUGACAGCAUUGAAUUCAACGUUGAGCCAGUCUGUGUCCGGGGAGGGCUCUAUGAGGUGGAUGUUAAAGAGAGGGAAUGCAAUCCAGUUUAUUGGAAACAGCAAGAUCACAUUCCAGUCAUGAGAGGUCAGUGGUUUAUUGAUGGCACCUGGUUACCGUUGGAGGAAGAGGAAAGUGAUCUCAUCGAACACGAGCACCUGAAUCAUUUCCGCGGGCAGCAAAUGCAGGACACCUUCGAGACGGAUUUGGUGGUCAGGACUGUCGACAGCAAAGAUGUUCUCUCCCACCUGCCCCCUUUCUACCUCCCUUUUCUGUUCAAAUGGAGUGGAUAUCAGACGAGUGCUAAAACUACAUGUCACAAGCGCAAACGCUGCCAAGCCAUCCACAGCCUGAAGCUAAGUCGGACACAUGUGGAUUGGCACAGCGUGGAUGAGGUUUACCUCUACAGCGAUGCCACUACUUCCAAAAUUGCACGAACCGUCACCCAGAAACUGGGCUUCUCUAAAGCCUCCAGCAGCGGCACACGGCUGCACCGGGGUUGGGUUGAGGAGGCGUCACCUGAGGACAGACCCCCUCAGACUACACACAUUGUCUUUGUGGUUCAUGGGAUCGGACAGAAGAUGGACCAGGGACGCAUUAUUAAAAACACUGGAAUGCUGAGGGAGGGGGUGAGGAAGAUGGAAGAGAAGCACUUUUCAGAGCAAAAUGACGAGCAUGUGGAGUUCUUGCCUGUCGAGUGGCGCUCUAAACUUGCACUGGAUGGAGAUACGGUGGACUCGAUUACACCCGACAAAGUGAGAGGACUAAGAGACCUUCUCAACAGCAGUGCCAUGGACAUCAUGUACUACAAUAGCCCCCUUUACCGGGAUGAGAUUACUAAGGGCCUAACACAGGAGCUAAACAGACUAUACACUCUUUUCUGCUCCCGGAACCCUGAGUUCGAGGAGCGGGGAGGCAAAGUGUCCAUUGUGUCUCACUCCCUCGGCUGCGUCAUCACCUACGACAUCAUGACAGGCUGGGAUCCUGUGCGCUUCUGUCAGCAGGAGCAUCACGGCGUGGAGGAGGAGCUGGACCUGCGCUGGAUAUCCUACGAGGAGAAGCAUGUCGUAGAGCAGCUACGACUCACCAGGAGCAGGUUACAAGAGCUGGAAAAUCAACUCCUCACACUGGAGGCAUCAAAACCCCCAGCUCGCCCUGCCCUCAAAUUUAAUGUGGAGAACUUCUUCUGCAUGGGUUCUCCUCUGGCGGUGUUCUUGGCUCUGAGAGGGAUCCGUCCUGGGACCAGCUGCCACCAGGACCACAUCCUGCCCACCUCCAUGUGCAGCCGGCUCUUCAAUGUCUUCCAUCCCACGGACCCUGUGGCCUACAGACUGGAGCCUCUCAUCCUCAAACAUUUCAGCAACGUUGCACCUGUUCAGAUACACUGGUGCAGUGCCAUUAAUCCCUCACACUAUGACGAGGUCAGACCUACCUACUUGAAUCCAGUCAAAGACCCGGCAUCUGACACUGAGAGCAUCCCCAGCCCGAGCACAUCACCUGUACUCGUCCGCAGGCACUACGGAGAGUCCAUCACAAACCUGGGCAAGGCCAGCAUACUGGGAGCGGCGAGCAUAGGGAAGGGCAUCGGAGGAAUCCUCUUCUCGCGUUUCUCCCGCUCCAACAGCCAGCCCUCAGUGUCUCUGGGACUGGAAGGCGGGGCGAACACUGAGGAAGAAGAGCAGAAGCGGACAGAAAGCCAUUCAGCCUACGGCCUCUCCACCUUGAUCCGGCCCACCUCACCCAUCACUGACACGUCAUUGGAGCUGGAGCGGCGCAUCGACUUUGAGCUGCGGGAGGGGCUAGUGGAAAGUCGCUAUUGGUCAGCGGUGACCUCGCACACAGGUUAUUGGUGCUCACAUGACAUAGCACUCUUCCUGCUGACCUUCAUAUACAAGCAGAAGACGGCUCCCCCUGACCCGGCGGGAGAUAAUCUGGAGCCAGACUGAGACAGCACCUUUUUUUUUUUUAAACACACGCACACGUUAAUGGUGUCUUAUAACUCUGCAGAGGGUGUGUCACCUUCUCAACAAGGCACGAAAAUAAACCUCAUUCAUUUAUUUUUCAUGCACACAAACUGCUCAGACACAGUAAUUGUUCCUCUAUCUCCGUCAGCUCUUUAACUCACGGUAGUCAUUCUUGACAAACAGACUUAACUCCAAGAUGUGCAUUUUUGUCUCGUUUUGUGUAGUUUGUACACAUUUGCACACCCUAAGGGUGACCAUGUUGGUCUAGGAAACCCCUAAGGAGGUGCACCCUUUGCCAGUAUGACCACGAGUUAAAUUAAGGAGUCUAAUGAGUUGAGGCAGAGGAGUUUGUUUUACAGAGGAAGAGAGUUCUUUCUUCGUUCCCACAUCUUUAACCUUAAACAGCUGCAGUCUGUUGAUAAAGUGUCCAUACAUUUCCUGUCAAUCAAUGCUUGAGUCCAGCCUCUGUCUCGCAGACUCAUUCUCCAGCCUUGUCAGAGACUUGCCUGACCCUCGGUCACUGAGGCUUUGUGUUCCCCGUCCGUCCCUUUUACAUUUUUUUUUUUUUACACAGAGAUAAAUAUAAUUUUCCAAAAAUGUUUAGUUUUAUCUUUGAAAUAACGUUUAGCUUCUUCAUCUCAAAAACUAAAUGCUAACAAGCAAAUGCCUUUCAAAAUUAGCCAAAUAAAUAUUACUCGUGUAGUUUUUCCUAACUGAACCUUAGGACACUAUCCCUUUAACAAUGUUUUGAAAAAAUACAUACAAUCAUUAGAUAUUUUAGUAUCCUUAAUCCAAGCCUUUUUUUGACUUUUCAAAUAGAUAUGCACCAAAAAAACAUAAACAAAGCACCACUUUUAUAAAUUCAGUCAACUAAAAAAAUAAUUCAAAUCGGUUAACUGCAGGACAUCAGUAGAUCCCAUUCGCUGCAAAUAUGGAGUUUAACAACCCAUUAAGGUUUGUUUCAUGGGUAUAACGCUCUUAAACAAUGUAUAAUUAUUUUCUUACACCGAGUUUAUUUUUCAAAAUAUCUCAAUACAAAAGUCCAAAAACUAUCGCAGUCAUUCAAACCAAUGCUUCUUUAUUAAUGUGUUACGGAGAGGGAAGUCUCAGCUAUAUCUUUAUAUUUCAAUCCAGUGGGACAAGAUGUAUUUUUCCAUUAAAAAAUAAUAUUUUUUACCUAGUAAUUUGCAGGCUCUCUCAAAAUGGCAUUCAAACUUAAGGCCAAAUAACAUUGUGUUUCUAGUUUGUUAGCUGCUUGGCAUUAGGAAUUGUAAGGCAUACUCCAUGAAAAGAUAACUGGCCUAGAGUAAAAAUAACUUAUAUUUUAGCUCGAGGCUUUUGUGACACAUUUUGCCUUUUUUCGUUACCAAUUUACACAUGACUCUUGAUCAAUGCAAUUGUCAGUUUGUCUUUUUGUUUGUGUGAAAGAAGGAUUUAUUAAGCUUCAAAAAAACGUGUCAUUCACCAACUGACGAUACUUGCAAAUUGAGAAAUUUAACUUGAAAAAGAAAUGUGGAAACUUUUGGUUUUCUAAAAAUGACUUUUGCUACUUUUUGUGACUCUUGCCUUAGAUUUGUCGGAGCAUCUUUGAAAAAAAUGACCCCUGUAAUGUUGGAUCUGUCGAAUGUGGUCCUUUUUGAAAAACACGCCCAGUAAUGAUCAUGCCGAAGUUAGAAAUCUUACUCGUGUUGCAUGGUGUUUAUAGUUAUUGGAUGCUGGAAAAAGAAGACGGUGCCACCACACAUCUAGGAAACUGCAUUGUGGAGAAAACAACUCAUGAUUGUUAACAGUCUUGUGAUUAAAUCAUUUAUAAGACAUUUACAGUGGAUGAAGAAAUGGGAAACACUCAGACUGGAAUUAGUUGUAAGUGACAGACUUGAUUAUUGUCUCUCAAAUGUUUAAUUUGCUAUGGUGCAAGCUGCUGAUUUACUGUUCCACACAAUCAAGGGCUGACUGGUCCACCAUUGAAUGGAAUUCAUUUGUUAGUUUUUAAUGUCUGUGUUAUUUAUGCAAAGGCCUACUAACUGAAACCAGGUUGCCUCUCAUGACCAGAUCAGUGACAGACAAGUAAGGGAGAGGGAUACGAAAGUGUUUCUAUAUUUAAUGAAUGAAUUGCUCAGAAAUGAUGUGGAAAACAGCCUGUUGUUUAUUUUUUCCUCAGCAUGUGUUACAUUGCAGCAGUGGUUGCAGAAAGCAAUGUUAACAUGUACCUUUGACAAUAGGCUAACCUUGGAGAUCUGAGAUGGGUAACGCAAAAGCAAUUUUUAUUGCCUCAGUAUCUGUAGGUCAGAUUGUGGCCUGGCCAUCGUAAUAAUGACUACAAUGUUCCUGUCAGUGUUUCAAAGAUGUUUGUGUACUUUGCACAUUCUACCAAUUUCUGAAUCAAGCACAGAUUUUCAACUUUGUUCACACUGCUUGCAAAAAGAAAAAGCAUCCAAACUGCAGCGCGUUAGGAGAAGCUAUUUUGAGCUACAUUGACAAUAUGAGCAUUUAAUGCACAGCAUUUUGAAUGUUCACAGGAUUUUAUUUUUUUCUUAACGGCACCAAGCUACAAGUAUCAGGGAAAUGUCUACUGUUACAUGUUUUGUCUAUUCAACACUGCUGUUGACACCUGUUCAAAGCCAUUAUUAAGUACAAAAACGAAAGCGCUGUCACAGAUGUGUUGUCUUUCAAAUGUCCAGAGAUAAAGAAGAAAGGGCCUGCACCAUAUGUAAACAGUCAGUGGGAGUGAAAGAGAACAUACAUUGAAAUCUAAUGUUGGUAAUCUGAAUGAAAUGUGUUAAAUUUGUCAGGUUCCACUGUUGCUCUAACUUUGAAUGGAUGUCCUGAAAGUGUUUCUGUCUUUCCUUAGAGCUGUGCAAUAACCCAUGCCUGUAAUGGAUUCUAACUGCCAUCCAAAGCACUGUAUUUAUUUCCUUUUAUUAAAGCAUUCCUUUUUUUUGGAUACAAAGA